UAAUUGUACCUUAUUAUUUUGCUCAUAAAAUCUUAACUACAGAUCAUCAAAACUUUGAUUGCAAAUUCUCUCAUCAAAUUUUAAUUUUCACUACAGAUCAUUCAUAAGUUCUCUCAUCAAAAUUUCGAUCGCGAAUUCUUUCAUCUCUUCUUAAGAUGGCUCCAAAUUCAAAUCGAAUUUCUGAUGAUGAAAUCGACAACUACGGAAUCGAUCAACUUGUCAUGGAAACAGCUCACCAAGUCGAAUUUGUAUACGACUUCGACAGGAUACGCCGCAAUAGAGACGAUAAGGUUUUCGACGAGUAUUUGCUGUUUACAGCAUUAAAAAUAUUUUCGUUUGGUAUGGCAUUAUGCUCUUUCGCACUCGCAUUCAAAUUGGAUUUCUUUGUAAAUCACCCGACGAUGGCAAAGGCGGUGUCUAUCACGGUUCUCGCGUGUCUCUUUCUUUUCGUUGGCGCAGUUCAUGCAGUUGAAGGGAUUUUAUUCAGGAUACUCGUUUGGCUUGUUCUGGCUUUACAAUUGGCAUUUUAGUAGAAAUCUAGUAAUGAUCAUUCAUAA